GCUAUGGCGGCGCUGCGCGUGGCAACUGGUGGCGGCCACUGGUUUUCGGCUUUGGCGCUGGGAGUGACUCUCCUCAAAUGCCUUCUCAUCCCCACCUAUCAUUCCACAGAUUUUGAAGUUCACCGGAAUUGGCUCGCGAUCACGCACAGUUUACCAUUAUCACAGUGGUAUUAUGAGGCAACUUCGGAGUGGACCUUGGAUUACCCUCCCCUUUUUGCAUGGUUUGAGUAUGUCCUGUCACAUGUUGCCAAACUUUUUGAUGGAGAGAUGCUGAAUGUCCAGAAUCUGAAUUACUCCAGCUCAAGAACGGUCCUUUUCCAGAGACUGUCCGUCAUCUUUGCAGAUGCGCUCUUUGUGUAUGCCGUCCACGAGUGCUGUAAAUGCAUCGAUGGGAAAAAGGCCAGUAAGGAACUCACUGAGAAUCCCAAGUUCAUUCUGUCAGUGUUACUGCUGUGGAACUUCGGGCUCAUUAUUGUGGACCAUAUUCAUUUCCAGUACAAUGGCUUUUUAUUGGGAUUAAUGCUACUUUCCAUUGCACGGUUAUUUCAGAAAAGAGCCCUGGAAGGAGCAGUUCUGUUUGCUGCCCUCCUGCAUUUCAAGCACAUUUACCUGUACGUAGCCCCAGCCUAUGGCAUAUAUCUGCUACGGUCGUACUGUUUCACCGCGAAUAAGCCAGAUGGGUCCGUCCGCUGGGACAGUUUCAGCCUUGCCCGCGUUGCUUCCCUGGGGCUGAUUGUUUUCAUAGUUUCUGCUGUCUCGCUGGGCCCUUUCCUCGCCUUGGUAAGUUCUCUUUUUGUGUCGAUCACUCUCUCUCUUGAAGAAAAUAACUUGUUUUUGUUGUUGCUUUUAUUUAGGAAAGGAAAUAAAUUACAACAAAGUAAUAAUGUUCUACCGGCAAUAGGUUUGCAGUUGAAACUUCUUGAUCCCAAUAAGAUUCCCAAGGCCUCCAUGACAAGUGGUCUGGUGCAGCAGUUUGAGCACACAGUCCUUCCAUCCGUGACGCCCUUGGCCACCUUCAUCUGCACACUGCUUGCCAUCUUGCCUUCUGUUUUCUGUCUUUGGUUUAAACCCCAAGGGCCCAAAGGUUUUCUCCGGUGUCUGAUUCUUUGUGCCUUGAGCGCCUUCAUGUUUGGGUGGCACGUCCACGAGAAGGCCAUCCUCCUCGCCGUUCUCCCCAUGAGCCUUCUGUCUGUGGGCAAAGCAGGAGACGCUUCGAUUUUCCUGAUUCUGACCACAGCAGGCCACUACUCCCUCUUCCCUCUGCUCUUCACCGCACCAGAACUUCCCAUUAAAACCUUACUCAUGUUACUGUUCACCAUCUAUAGUAUUUCCUCGCUGAAGAUGCUAUUCAGAAAAGAAAAACCUCUUUUCAAUUGGAUGGAAAAAGUCUACCUCCUUGGCCUGGGGCCUCUGGAAAUCUGCUGUGAAUUUAUAUUCCCUCUCACCGCCUGGAGGCCGCAGUACCCCUUCAUCCCUUUGUUGCUGACCUCGGUGUAUUGUGCAGUGGGCAUCACCUAUGCGUGGUUCCAACUGUAUGUGUCGGUGCUGACUGACCCCGCUGUCCUCAGGACAAAGAAGCAGUGACUGCCGGAGCUGUGUGGAUGUGUCCCGAGCAAUGAUCCCACGGGAAGCUCACCAGAAGUGGAGAAAGUUGCUGCUGGCCUGAGCCUUUCACUCCAGCACCUCUGUUCAGAGGGCCCUUGUGCCAAAUUGGGCCUGGCCCGGCCUAGCAACCUGAUCAUCACCAUGGCGAGACACCACUUGUCCUCCAUCCGCAGUGAAAUGCAUCUGAAAUAAAUCCUGCCUGCCCCGUUAA